AACAUCAACAUUUGUGUGUGAAAAGUGAACAGUGUGUAAAACAGAAAAAAAAAAAAAAAUUCUAAUAUGUCUGGUCGUGGUAAAGGUGGCAAAGUGAAGGGAAAGGCAAAGUCUCGCUCGAACCGAGCUGGGCUCCAGUUUCCUGUUGGCCGUAUUCACCGUUUACUCCGUAAAGGAAAUUAUGCCGAGCGUGUUGGUGCUGGCGCUCCAGUAUAUUUGGCUGCUGUUAUGGAAUAUUUGGCGGCUGAAGUUCUUGAGUUGGCUGGUAAUGCUGCACGAGACAACAAAAAGACCAGAAUUAUACCUCGUCAUCUACAAUUGGCCAUUCGCAACGAUGAGGAAUUAAACAAAUUGCUUUCUGGCGUAACCAUUGCACAGGGUGGUGUGCUACCCAACAUUCAGGCUGUACUUCUGCCCAAGAAAACCGAAAAGAAGGCUUAAACCAAUUAAUACUUGCUUUAAAAUAAUACAACUUUGUACAUACAACAAACAUAAACAACCGUCCUUUUCAG